ACUUUUCGGUCUUCAUUAUUCAAUCAGAUUCAUCCACACCAAUUCUCUCUCUCUCUCUCUCUCUCUCUCCCUCCAUUUCAAAGUCUUCGUAAUCUCCUGGAUCAUUGAACUCUCUGGAUCAUCGUUCUUUGUCUCCAAGACCAACCCCUGGAGCUUCUCUGACUCUCAGCAGAGCAGCCCUUGAUUCGGAGACAUGACUCACAGCCUUAACAUGGUCCAGUUCUCAUAUAGGCACAACAAAGUUGUUUUUUUUUUAUCCGCAAGGACCGCAACAACGCCGCAAAGGCUUUAUUGUUUCCUAGCUUUAUUGUUUCCCUUCGCAAUAAUAUGCCAAAGCGGGAAAUAAGAUCAGGUGGAGAAAAAAUUACUACUAUCGUCUAGUUACAAUCUACAGAAGGGUGAUGGCAAAUUAGCAGUUCGUAGCUGUGAGACUCAAAUGAAAAUCCGAGUAUUAUGCCAGCGUCGGUAAGGGAGCAUCUCAUCCGUGUCCCCCGAGCAAUUAAGUCACUGCCUUCUUGUUAUUGCCAUGAAUGUAAAAGGCGAUGAUUCCAGGUUGGAGCCCAUGUUAUUGGUGAUAGAGAUUGCCCUGUCCUGAUGCAGAACUAAGCAGAAUUUGCUGUCAAGAGCAAGGUAAAGAUGCCGAAGCAUCGCUUGAGGGAAUCGAUUAAGACCUUCUUUGGAAGUCACAUUGAUCCUGAAAAAGAUGAAGAGCUAAAGGGAACUAAAACAGAAAUAGAAGACAAAGUUCAGAAGAUGUUGGACCUUAUCAAAGAAGAAGAUGAGGGCGAAAAAGAUGGGAAUAGAUUAGGAAAUGCGAAGAAAGAGCCACUUGUUGAACUAAUUGAGGAUUUCCGUAAGCAUUACCAUCUGCUCUAUGCUCGUUAUGAUCAUUUGACAGGAGAGCUAAGGAAGAAAGUUCAUCAGAAACAAGAAAAUGGUAACUCUUCUUCCUCUACCUCGGACUCGGAAUCAGAAUAUUCAUCGAAGGAAAGGGGCAGUAAAAAUGGGAAUAUUGAAAAUGAGUUUCAGAAGGUAACAGAUGGCAUGAAGCAAGAACUUGAAACUGCACAUCUGGAAGUGGCUGAUCUGAAAAGCAAGCUGACAGAUAUCACAGAAGAAAAGGAAGGUUUAGAAGUUGAAUACCAAACGGCUUUGAACAAAAUCCAAGCAGCAGAGAAGAUCAUUAGUGAUUUAAAGAUUGAGGCUGAAACUUUUAAUGGUGAAAAAUCGAAGUUUCAACUUGAGAUUAGGGACCUGAAUAUAAGACUUCACAGUGCUAAUACUUCAGCAGCUGAAAUGAAUCAAAAACUGGAAGACAUAGCAAGAGAGAGAACUGAUCUAAUGAUGGAAAAAGAGACGGCAUUGCAAACAAUUAAAGAGGGAGAGAAAAUAAGUGAAGAAUUGAAAGUCAUGACUAACGAGUUGAAGGAUGAGAACAAAACACUGCAGGUAGAACUCUCUACAGUGAAGGAGCAACUUGAGUCCUCAGAACGGGAAGUAGCGAAUCUAAUCCAAACGCAGAAAGCUACCGAAGAAAAGAAUAACUCUCUAUCCGCAAAAAUUUUAGAGCUUUCAAAUGAGAUUAGCGAGGCACAGAGCAAAAUGCAAGAUCUUGUGGCUGAAUCUAGCCAGUUGAGGGAGAAAUUGGAUGAGAGAGAAAGGGAAUUUGUGAGUCACACGGAGAUGCACGAAGCCCACAAGAAUGAAACAUCAGUUCGAAUGAGGGGAUUGGAACUGGAGCUGGAUUCUCUGCACACCCGCAAAAGAGAAACUGAAAAACAGAAAGAUGAUGAGCUUUCCAUUCUGCUGAAGAAACUUGAGGAUAAGGAGAGAGACUUGUCUUCUCAAAUUGAGGAUCUGAUGACAAAGAUUAAUGAUCUGAAUCAGGAGGUGGAAUCGUUACAGAAACAGAAAAGUGGAAUGGAAGAGCAACUGGUACAUGAAAGGAAUGAAGCAUCAGGUCAAGUGAAGGACCUAAUGGAAAAGGUCAAUGAAAAGCAACAGGAGCUGGAGUCAAUUAAUACCCAGAAAAUCAGACUUGAAUCUCAACUGGAGAAAAAGAUUCAAGACACUUCAGAAUACCUUUCUAGAAUAGAAAUUCUGGAAGAGGAGUCAAGAAACAAGAGUGCAGAUCAACAGAGGAUGCUUGAAGAGAAAGAGGGUCUUAUAGCACAGGUGAAGGGCCGAGAACAGGAGGUGGAAUCUUUACAAAACCAGAAAAGUGAACUGGAAGAUCGAAUUAUCGAAUUGGAGAAAACAUUGGCAGAGCAUGUGAAUGAAAUCUCUGACCUAAGGAAAAGUUCCAAAGAUAAAGAGAAUGAAGCAUCUGCUCAGAUUGCGAAUUUAACAGCACAAGUCAGUAAUCUGCAAAAGGAGGUGGAUUCCUUGAAUGCUCAGAAAGCUGGAUCAGAAUUGGAACUUGAGAAAAAGGCUCUAGAAAUAGUGCAGUAUCUUGAUGAGAUAGAAAAUCUGAAAGAGGAUUUAGCACGCAAGAGCAUGGAGGGACAGAAAAUGCUAGAAGAGAGAGAGGAUCUAAAAGUGCAGGUGAAGAAUCUAGAAAUGGAGGUGGAUUCUCUACUCAACCAGAAAAGCAACCUAGAAGAGCAGAGAGAAAAUCAAACCCAAGAGAUUGAGUUAUUGAGAAAAGAAAACGAGGGUUUACAGGAGAGAAUUGGCGAAUUGGAGAAGACAUUAACAGAGAGAAGGGAGGAGUUAAUAAAUCUCCAGAAGGAACAUGAGAACGUGGGGAAUGAAUCGACCACUCAAAUUAUGGCCUUAACAUUGCAGUUUAAUGACAAGGAGGAUGCUUUUAACAAAUUGAGUGAAGAACACAAAAAACUCGAACUUCUGUUUCAAGAGUGCAAGGAAAAUCUUGAAGUUGCUGAAAGGAAAGUUGAAGAAACCACAGAAGAGAUACGUUUGAAAGAUGGGAAGAUUGAUGAAUUGGAAGAAACAGUUGAAGACCUGAGAAGGGAUCUCGAAAUGAAAGGAGAUGAAGUAAGUACAUUGGUAGAAAAUGUCCGCAACCUCGAAGUUAAGCUCCGUUUGUCGAACCAAAAACUUAGGGUAACGGAACAAGUACUGACAGAGAAAGAAGAGAGCCAGGGGAGUAGAGAAGAGAAGUUUCAACAAGGACUAAGGUUGCUUGAAGAAAGGAUUGGUUCCUUGUCUGCAUCAGUUGCUAUUUACAAGGAAGCUCAAGCCAAGAUUAUUAGAGACGUUUCUGAAAAAGUCAAGAACACAACGAAUGGAGUGGACACUCUUACCCUCAAGUUUGAAGAAGACUACGGGCACUUUGAAACCCGUAUUUAUGAAAUCUUGCAUGAGAUUCAGGUGGUGAAAAAUUGGGUGAAGGAGAGGAAUUGCGAGAAGGAAGAACUAAAGAAGAUCGUGGGAAGCUUAGUCCAGCAACUGGAAGAUAAGAAAGAAGAGGAAUCAGUGUUGAGAGAGAGAGUCAGAGAGUUGGAGGCGAAGUUGGGGAAGGUUGAAGAGGAAAAGCAGAAUCUGAUGAAAGCUCUGAAGCUGCUUGAAGAGAAGACGGAAGCAUUGGAGAAGAUGAUGAGUGAGAAGGACGAAGGUAUUUCGGGCAUAGGCGAGGAGAAGAGGGAGGCCAUAAGGCAGCUGUGUAUAUGGAUUGAUUAUCAUCGGAGUCGUUGCGAUUACCUCAAGGAAAUCCUGUUGAAGAGGUCUGGUAGAAGGCCAGUAGCAACUUGAGAGUUCUAUAUUUUGGUUUUGGUUUUUUACGUCUGGUUUUCGCUGUGAUCAUUUUGGUUUUAGAUUUUGGGAUCCGCUGCCGUGCUUAUUCUGGUGCCAAGGUGUCGGAUCGAAUUAGCAGUAGUAGUCUUUGAGUGUUUCAUUUGAUUGGUUUAUUUGCUUAUAAGACAGGUCAUUUGUUAGUUGUAACUUUUAAUUUUUGGUGUUCGCUGGGCAUUUACCAGUUGGUGUAUUGAAUUCACCAUUUACAGUUCAUCCGGUAUGGGAAAUCCCUAUUAUUGUUUGUAGAA